ACCCAAAUAAACCUUUUUUCGUUUGCGGUUAGUCAGUGAGCAUUAGCUGUUCGAUAGGAUGGGUAGCGCCAAACUUGAAACGAUGACGGAAUAUUUAGGUUUAGAAGAAAAAACAACGAUUUUUAGCUUGAACCCUUACUGUUUAUAUGAAAUAUUUCGCCAAAUUCACAAAAACUGCGCAAUCAAACAAACCAAUGAUAUAUUUUUAAAGUACAGUGAUCUUAUAAACUUUGCUAUUUGCUGUGAUCAUCUCAACAAGGCGUUCAAAAAAUGGAGUCUUACUCUUUAUAAGGAGCUGUGUAUUGAAAACACAUUCCUCAAUACUUCCAUAUGCAUAGAGAUUAAUUUCUCAAACCUUCAUUCGCACAUGUAUGGAUUGUCGAACAAUGAAAAGAAAAUGUUCUGGAUUAAUUUCAAACAUCACAUUAUGGAGAACAAACAACUGGAGUCAUUAAAGGUAAUUUACGAACCAACACGUUACUGGAGUGAUUACUUAGAAAGAUUUGAGGAGCUCAUAAAAUCGGUUUAUGGCAAGCCAAAACUAAGGGAGCUCUCUAUGAACAUAAACGGAUUCAGCCUUGAGAUCGUGCCGCAGAUCACUCAGCUAGAGAAACUAGAGCUGAAUGUUCGAUUGGAUUCCAGAAUCCUGGUCGAGCUGUGUAAACUGAAUCCAAACCUACGAAAACUCACGCUAAGAAAUUCCGAAAUAUUUGGCAGGUUAUCGGAUAUAGUACCUCAUUGCAAUCAACUGGAAUAUCUGAGCUUUGUGAUGAAAGAGGUAGAUGCAUCCGAGUACGCAGCCCUGGCCAAUCUGCCGCAACUCAAGGCAUUAAUUCUGUGUGGCGAGCAUCUCGAGGGAUCGCUGGUGAAGCUCUUUAGUCGUUUCCAGGAACACCAGCAGAUCCAGAGCAUAUGCAUCCCAGAAACAUAUGUCAGCAACGCAGAGGCCAUCGCCUUGGCAUCCAUUGGCUCAGUGGUUUCAAUCAAGUGCUGUUUGCGGGAUAAAUCGUUCUAUUCGGACUUGCCCUUAAGCGGAAAGCUUACUAAUAUCUACAUUCUGGGUCACCCCAUGCAAUAUAAUCCAGACAAUCCGUAUUACAAUGAGAAGGAGGAGGAUUUCCUCAAAGUGACUUAUAGGGCACAUAGACCGUUAGCCGUCACUCGUGCGUAUUAUCAAUAUUGGCAGACCAAAGAUCCAAAGCUAUUGCAAUUGGCCUUCGACGAAGAUUAUCUGCAUGCACAUCGUCUCCAUUGCAUAGGCUGGUAUGAUGCCAAUGUUUUACCAGCUACAAUGCAAAAUUCAUCAGAACAAUUCUCGGUCUCUAUCGCCGGGAUUGUGCUCAAUAAAAAGGUAUCGAUUUCCGAUGCAGAACUUGCCGUUCUGGCUUCCAUACCCACGCUUACCACCAUUCGAUGUUCAUUUGUUCAAAUAGAGCAGAUAAUCGCGGUUAAACUGCAGCAACUUGAUGCGAUUACAGAUACCGCAAAUCGAGUGGAUAAAAUUAAAACCGAAUUUUGCCAUAUUCGUUUCGUCCAUAGCCACGAAUCUGUGACCCUCGUACUGGAAGUCUUUGUACAAAGCAUGCUGAGUUAUGGGAGUAUCCUUGCCCCUCUUGCCAAUUUAAGAAAUUUGAAACGCCUGGAGAUAAAGGGAAAAAUUAUGAGCGGCUCAUUGGUGGAGCUCUUUAGGGCUUUGGGCGCCUUGGAGAAACACACACUGCAAGAAUUAGAAACUGCAUUCCUUGACCCAGAGGAACUCGAAGAGGUGGUAAAGAUCAAGAGCUUGAGGAUACUUAAAAGUGGUUUCUUUUGCUCAAGACAUAUAAGUGAACUAGCCAACUUAGAGCAACUUGAGGAGCUUACACUUACCUUUCAUCCGCAGGGAUCUCUGAUAAAGUUGUUCGGUGUCCUGGCCUCCAAGCAGCCUCAAGUACUCAAAAGACUCGUCAUUCAGAAAACAAAACUUACUCACCAAGAAGUUGGCCACCUUGCUGGCAUAAGAUCCUUGGAAAGCCUUCAGCUCGGUCUGCCCGAAGUGAAAUAUUGGGAACAGCCACCAAAAGAUACAAAAAAUCAGGCAGUCGUGAACUACUGUCAAAAGUGUCGGCUGGUCCCGGGUUCAUUCGCAUAUGAGAACCAAACUCAUCAAACUGACAUUCAUACAUUGAUAACUGCGGAAGAUGAAGAGCCCUUGGAUGCUCAGUUUAAUUUUUUAACGCAAUUGUACGGCACCUUGACUCCCACGCACUUGGCACUCUUGGCCAAUUUACCAAAUUUAAAAGAAUUAAAAAUGUACCUUAAUUACAAUACACAAGAUGCGGCGUACCUAUUGAACACUAUAGCCUUGCAGUACCCUGAAAACUUAAGAACACUUGCAUUUGCAUCUCAGAACCUUAGGUUUGUGUCGCUGUUCAAGGAUUUGCAAUCCUUCGAAUGCAUUGUUAGCCACAUGAAAGAUAUCGAGUAUAUAUCUCAGCUAAGAAAUCUGACAGACUUGCAGAUCGACAAUCCUCUUGGUAUAUCCCUGUGGCAGCUUCUUAAGGAAGUGAAAGUUUUAGAGAAUCUUCAGUCCUUAAUUCUGGAUAAUUCGAAUCUGGAAUUUUUAGAGCUGGUUGAAGUAACAAAACUUAGUUGGCUGAAACGAUUACGACUCGGUCUGGCCAAGAAACAGUUCAUCUUUAUGCUAAUUCGAUUGGAAGAUCUCGAAGUCUUGGAAAUUACAUCGACCCAUUACGCAGCGGAAAAUGAAAGCAACUUCCUUUAUUUAUUUCUAAUAAGGUGCAAAAAUAUUAAAUCAAUAUCUCUUUAUCGGUUCUACGAUUUUCUCAGAAAGGAUUAUGUCAAUGGAACACUUAAUCAUAUUAAGCUGUUUCGGAAUCCCUACGAGCACCCGCCUUUCAAAUUGCGUGGAGUUUGGUCUGACUUCAAAAGAUUCAAUCAUUUGAACUGCUAUAAUAAUGAGUUUAUGGAACUGAGGCGGCAGGAUGGUAGCUAUCAAAGUAGUGAUGAAUCUGAUGAAGACUAAUUAAUUUAUAAUAUAUUUAAUAUAUUUAUUUCAUGUAUAU